ACAGACUGAAAUACUAAACCGUAAACAAAUAUUAUAAUGGAAGAGGAAUUAGAUUUCCAGAAAAUUUGUAGAGUAUGUUUAAAUGAAGGAGUAAUGAUGUCAAUUUUCAAAGUAAACAUUUCCAAAAAAUUAAUGGCCUGUGCCUCAAUCCAGGUUUGGCAGUAUGAUGGCCUGCCCACCCAAAUUUGCCAAAAGUGCUCAGCCAAAUUACACAUAUCCUUCCAGUUCAAAAAAUUAUGUGAAAAAUCAGACGGUAAAUUACGCCAGCAGCUAAAUAAAAUCAAUGAGAGACAAGCACAACAACAGCAGCAGCAACAACAACAACUACAACAACAAAAUCCUCCAAUCCAAAGUGUUGAAAAGCAAUCUACUCCGAACUUACCUCAAUAUACUCAGCCCGUACCAGAAAAUAGUUGCGUUUUCAUUGAAUGCAAUCCCAUUAUUGAUAGUAUUGGCCAUGAAAACAAUUUUAUCCCUCCUAGUCAACCUGAACAACAGAUUUCGCAGUUAGACUACAAUCAGCUUAGUGGCUACAAUGUAGAUAGUGUGGGGAAUGUACAAGUAUAUAAUGGAAGUUAUAAUAUGCCCUUGGAACAUACUGCGGUUUUGCAUAAUCAAGAAAUUCAGUCAUUGCAACUGGAUCCUCAACCACAACAACCUCAAAUUCAAUACUUAAAUCCGCCUCAAAACCACCAACAGCUCACUAACCUUUCAAAUAGUACCAUCAAUGUUAAAGAUGAGGAGGAAAAAGCAAAAAUAAAUCAGUCUCCCACCCCUGUAGAUACCAGCAAGCAGUGCCCUACUUGUAAUAAAGUAUUUUCAACACUGACCAAAUUGACCAGACAUAUGAAGACCCAUGCUUCAGACUUGCCUUAUAAAUGUAAAGUUUGCAAUAAAGGAUUUGCUCACAGCGGUAAUUUUAAGAUCCAUCUAAGAAUGCACACAGGGGAAAGGCCUUUCAGGUGUGUAGUAUGCGACAAAGGCUGCAGGCAGGCCCAAGAUUUAGAGAAACAUAUGAGAACACACACAGGAGAGCGCCCUCACAAAUGUGCAAUGUGCCCGAAAGCGUUUUCAACCAGAUCGAACUUGAUAGCUCACAUUCGAAUCCACACAGGUGAGCGGCCGUACGUGUGCUGCGUCUGUCAGAAAUCAUUUUGCCAGUCAAACGAACUCACGAAGCACAUGCGAACGCACACAGGAGAAAAAUCCCACAUAUGUGAUAUUUGCAAUAAAGGUUUUAACGGUUCGAGUACGCUGAUAGUUCAUCGUAGAUCCCACACAGGGGAACGCCCCUACGUUUGUCUGGUGUGCAACAAAGCUUUUACACAAAAUAGUUGUCUAGUGACCCAUACGAAGCGCCACAACAUCAACUCACAACGUGAUAAUAACGUAAACACCCAUUCAACACGAGAGCAAGAUACCAGCAGUAAUUCUAAAGAAACUUUCACCUGUGACUUUUGUAGUAACAUAGAACCAACCAUGGUCCAUGGGGACCAUGGAACUAAUGGUAGUAGAAGGAAAGGUAAAAGGCCGAAUAUCAAGAGGAAACAAAUGAAAACUCUGGUGAGAAAAUCCCUACAUGAAGUCGUUCAUAUGGCACAGGAUCGAUGCCAAUGGAGGCAACAAGUCAGUAAUAUUUAG